AUGCUCACAGCUACCCCACUACCCUGGCAUUAUCGCGACUUCACCGGCCUUCUGGCUUUUCUCCAGUCUCCGUGGGACGCCGCAGUUACCAGGCAUCGCAUCCAUGGUGACGGAGCUCGGUUCGAUGAGUCCUGCGCUGCUGUCCUCGAGGAUCCCUACGAAAUGAACUCCCAGAACCGCCCAAAGCGCCCUGAGGACCACGACUGUUGCUUUACCGCCGCCGCAUUCGAGAAGUUUGUCGUCAAGCGUUGUCUUGACGCUGUCACCGCCGGUCCUAUCCUCGCGAAACUGUUCCAGCGCUACAUGAUUCGGCGUGAUUACUCCUCCUCCUGCAUCGUAGACAGCUUCGGAACGCGUCACACCAUCGGCCAGUCAAUGUGCAAAGUGAAUCGCGUUAACCUGACCUUGACGAACGACGACUACUACCAGCACUUGCACAACGGCCUCAUUGGUGAAUGGACGGGCGAGUAUACGUCGGACAGCACCUCGGACGCGAUAUACCAGAACCAGUCCGCCGCAAGGAUCAUGGGUCUCGGUGCUAUCAGUCCGCUCCUACUGCUCGCCCGCGACACCCACACGGUCAAGGUCGACAUCCAGGGUGACUCGGUGCAGAACCCCAUACUCUCCAAAGUUCGCCACCACCAAGAUCUUGAGGAGUCCGGUACCGUCCAGGAUGAAACCGAGUCAGCGGCAGAGGACGACCCAGAGAUUCUCAACACUUAUGGAUCUGAUGACGAAGCACCUCUACCAGGCGUUCUUCCAGAUGACGGCCCCAAAGUCGAGAAGAUGGAGAGUCCGCACCUUGCACAGUACCGCGAACUGUACAUGGCCAAGGAUUACUCGUCGUGGCUUCGCAAGCUCAUGGAGGAUAUCGCCCUAAACACGCGCCUUUUGCAUAAGAAGGUGUACAAGGACAUCUUCGGUGACCGUGAAGUCAAGGAAAUUUCCGACAAGCAGCUGGUUCGAAUCCUGGUCCGAUCGUCUCCGCGUUUGGGCGCCCUAUUUGCCAACAUUUCUGACCAAGUCGACAAUGCCAAUGAAAAGGCGAUCAUCUUCUGCCUCAAUCCUUUCGAGCAAAUGUUCUACAGCGUGCUGUUGAACGUUAUGGGAUACAAGAGUCGGGCGUAUCUGUCUACCAUGAAGGGCGAUGUGAAGGAGGAGAUGAUUUCGUCGUUCCAGAAACCUCUUUCCCGCUGGUCUGACGCUGGCUUCAACGGUGUGAAGGACCGAGAUUUGGAAGUCCUGGUGUUGUCUUACCACAUGAACAGUGGUCUGAACUUGCAGGCAACUUGUCACAACCUCCAUGCUCCCUCCCCCGCCCCUUCGUACUCGAUUUGGAUCCAAACCGUUGGCCGCAUUGCACGUUUUGGCCAGCCAUAUGACUGCACAGUCUUCACCUACAUAAUGCCGAAAACGUACAACAUCCAGCAGUUCUCCACCAUGCUGAAGAACGCCCUCUUCACGAUCGCCGCCCUGACAUGCACGGUGCAUGCCGAUGGUGAAGACCUCACUUCAGUUCCCAGUGUGUCCUUCUCAGAGCUCAAGCACUUUCAUGGAUUCGAGGAUACUCUGGUGGAUGACCGAGUGCCAGGGUUUCAGGGGCUGCUGGCCUCUGGCAAGGUGCACACUGAUCUGGACCCCAAUGAGAAGUUCUUACGCAUCUUGAACAUCACGUUGGGUAAGACUGUGGCUGUGAACUCAUCAAAUGCCGCCGGAUAUCGCAUCAAGCCCACACCCGCCCUUUUCUCCAACUACCGGCCCCUCAUGGCUUCCUCUGCUGGUACUCCCAAGAAAAGGUCCCAGCGAGCCGGCAGCCUGAAGUCUUCCCCUGUUUCGACUCUUCGAGGUAAAGGCAAGGUCAAUCUGCCAAUGCCAGACAAGGCCUUGGCUAGCGUCCAGGAAGAAAAUGAGGACUUGAUGGAGAUGGAUGGGGGCAAGCAGCACAGAAUUCCCCGGGAUCUGACAAAGACGUUUUUGGCUGCCGCUGAGAAGAAAUAUGAUGAGAAGCAGAAGGCAAAGGCACCAAAGCGUCGUCGUGCGGACAAGGAGGAGAAUGAGGAUGAGGCUGAGGCUGAGGAUGGGGGUGAGGCUGAGGAUGAACCCUCCCCAAAACGCACAAGGAAGGGGGCAGCAGGUGGCAAGGGUUCUCGUGGUGGCAAGAGUACUCGUACUUCAAAGCGUGGCACGGCUAAGAAAUAG